AUGGAAACUGAUGGUGCUAGAGAGCAAGCACUAUCUUUAGCAAAGACUUUAAAGCAAGAUGGCUUAGACUAUCAAUAUAUUCACUUAUAUGCUGCAUUACAAUUGUUUAAGCAGACAUCCUUCAAUGACGCUUCUAUUUUGUUCACUAAAUCUCAAUGUGAUAUUCGCUUAAUACUCAGGUGGUUCCCAGAUCUGAUAGCUGGUUUAUUCGAUCCUGAUGAAUUCGUAAGAUUACCAUUGGGUAUAUCCACUUAUAUUUCAAAGAUUCCUCAUACAAUCGACCAAGUUAUUGUUGCAAAUUUAGAAAAAAACUACUCUCCUUACUUGUCAGUAGAGGAAGACGAACCGAUUAAAGACCUUAAAACUACUCUUAUGAAUAAUGCUCGAACGAUGGUACUAGAAUGUUUAAGUAGAGAGCAUAGAAAGAGGCGUCGUUCGCGACAGUCAUCACAUAGUGACUCAGAUGCGUACACUGAUAUGAUUCUCGAUACCUGUCUGGCUAUAAUAUUUGCUGAAAAGACUUCCAUGGAUAGGAAUGCACUUAGCAUAUUUGUUAGUCAACCAAACACUGUAUUACUGCCAAUUGCAGAACCUACAUUGGUCAAACAAGGGCGAUACACGGCCCUUGCUCGCUUGUAUGAGACACAUGGUGACACUACGCAAGCUUUGGAAAUACACAAAGGACUUGUUGAAGGAAGCAUCACAGAUAUCGAUUCAGUUGAGCCGUUGAAAGAUACGGUAAGGUUAUUGAACAAAGUGGAAGAACCAGAUGUCUUAUUAAACUAUGGUUUAUGGCUGCUCGCACAUAAUAGAAGUGCGGGUUUGCAGGCACUUUCUUCGCACCCGAAAACGCCGUUAGAUGAGACAAAACUAUUAGAAUCACUGGGGAAUACGGAUAAAAUUGCCGAACAGGAAUAUUUAGAGAUCUUGGUGUUAGCUCGUAAUAGAGAUGAUAAAGACAUCCGACGAGGUCUACUGGAGAGGCUCAUUGGCAACGUUUUGGGUGCUUUCAAAAAUGAAUCAAUAAGUAAAAAUAUGGCGAAGAUAGAUGAUGAAUACAAAUCCCAAAGACGCAAUAAAUCCUAUACUCAAUAUUUGACAAACCUACUUGAAAAUGAUCAUACACGGACAGAUGUCAAAGAAUCCAUAAAAGCGCGUAUAAAAUUGGUGCUUUAUCUCCAAAUAUCAACUGAUCUUGAUUGGUCAUCUAUAAUGAGAUCGUUAGAACCUUUGAUAAACACAACUUUAAUGUUAGAGAAAGGAGUGAUUCUUGGCAAGUUAGAGCAACACAAUGCAGCGUUGAACAUUCUAGCAAGACAACUCAAAGACACAUAUUCUGCACAACAUUAUUGUGCCUUCCCGGGUUUUAUUCUUAGUGCUAAUCUAGCUAGGAAAUGUAUAAACGAUUCGCAUCUGUCAAAUUCUUGGCUGGUUGCCUUAGCGCGCACAUCGAUGGUAGCAGUUUCCCCUUCGAUACGUAGCCAUCUCUUGAGAGUUUUGCUGGAUGUUUAUAUGGUUGAUGGUGACUUCUUUUCUGCAGAGAUUGCUUCUCUGUUAGGAUCUCAGGCACUACAUUUGGACUUUAUUGAAACAUUGCCAAAAAUACCGAAUGACAUACCAUUAGCUUCCAUAAAAGACUUCAUGUUACGUCAGCUUCGUCGUUCGGAGCAUAGAAAACGCGAGCUUAGUAUACUCAAAGGGAUUGCGGCUGCUGAAAAUCUUACAAGAACGGAGGAGGCUUGGUUGGCUACACGAGAAGCGGGUGCCGUGGUCGAAGAAGCAGUCGAUGAUACCAAUAAUGGCUAUGAAAAGGAGAAAUAA